AUGAACGGUUAUACGACAUCUGAUUACGACGCGAUCUAUAAGCCCCUGGACUCUCUAGUAGCAGACAUUGGAGAUGGCUCUAUUGAGCGUUUGGAGCCUGUGUUGACUGCUGAUUCCUCUUUAUACGCCAUCCAUGGAGGGAUCGCAUCCGACUUAACACGCGGGUCCAGUGGUGGACCUGGCAAGAGCAACAACAUAUCAGAACCAGGGUCCCCUUCUUCUAUACGUGCUUCUAUAUAUAGUGGCCGCGAGAGUGAAGUCAAGGCUUCCGCCAUAACCGGCAAGAAUGUUCAACGCUAUACUUUAGCCAUCGAUAGGUAUCUCUAA